CCCGAGGGUCACGGCGCAGCAACUUCCGGUUGCCUCGAGGCCGCCGAGGCUUUUCCCAGCGCCAGGUUCUGAAAGUUUUAAGCCUGUAUUUACUACAAGACUAAAAGAUUUGAUAAUGGAAAAUAUCUCCAUAAAAGCUGAGCCUCGGGAAACAGUGACUUGUGAAGAUGUGCUGUUGUACUUCACGGAGCAGGAGUUGGCCAGCCUGAGACUCGAUGAGAAAGCGCUGUACAAGGAGGUGGUGCUGGAGAACUUCAUGCACCUGGCUUUUCUGGGGUACAUCUCAAAAGUGAGGAAGUAUGCGCAGCUGAUUGAGGCAGAGGUGUCCAGGGUGAAGGCAUUCCUCUAAGCCAGGAAGACAUGGCUGAGUCACUGCUGUCCAGUGGAGGCCUCUCUGUAGCCAAACACAUUUCUGUAGACAGAAUGCUUUUUACUUUAUUAAAGUUGUUCGUUAAG